UCUGCCAUAGUUUACAGAUUUCAGCUUUUUACAAAGAUUUAUCAAUUACUGCAUGCCCAUUUGUUCUUUUUCAAUGGCGAACACCAUUUUCAGCUCAAAUCAUCAUCACCAAAACAUGAAAGCAUUGCGCGUAGUGGGGCUCCUUUGUCUCAUGCUGUUGGUGCACAAGGGAGAAUCUACUGAGUUUACAGUUGGAGGCUCUAAGGGCUGGACUGUUCCUGAUCCCAAUGAAGUGCAUUAUAAUCAAUGGGCUGAAAACAACCGGUUCCAAAUCGGAGACUCUCUUGUGUUUGCGUACCAAGCAGGCCAAGACUCAGUGUUUCGCGUAACCCAGGAUUCAUACACCAAUUGCAACACUUCAGACCCUCUACAGAAAUUCUCCGACGGCCAUACUGUCGUCAAGCUAGACCAAUCUGGGCCUUUCUACUUCAUCAGCGGCAACAGAGACAACUGCCUCAAAAAUGAAAAGGUUGUGGUGAUUGUGUUGGCAGACAGAAGCAACAGCUCCAACACUAACCAAACAACCACAGCUUCUCCUCCGCCCUCAGGCUCAACAGGGACAGCGCCGUCUCCGGCACCUUCCGGCGAAGAGUCUCCGCCCGCCGGGACAGUGGAGAUAAACCCGACUCCGUCUCCUGUCAGUGAUCAGCCUCCUCCUCCAAGUGGAGCUUCUUCAAUCUCGUUUAGUUUUAUUGGUUUUCUUGGAGCAGUCACUGCUGCUUCUUCUCUUCUUUGAUCUUAUCCUCUAACCCCAUUAUUAUACCGUUUGCAUGAUUGAGCUUUUAUUUUUAUUUUUUUAUUUUUCCUUUUUUUUCCCCGAUUGUUUUCAAAGAUUGAAUGCUUUGAUAUAUAGAUGAGAAAUAAGGUGACAUGCAGUGAGUGCUUGUAACUUCACUGUUGAAGAACAUUUGUACGU